UCUCUCUUUUAAAAUCACGAUGAGAAUAUCAACAAAUAGAAGAAACGCGCAACAAAGUAGCGUAAAGUGACUUUGAACUUUGAGCACAUCAUCAGUAGCAUUUCUUCUAACUCGUUUUUGUGAGCGACGUGAAUGAUGAACCGGGAUAUGGAUCGUUUUAGCACAUUCGUGGCCGUGGUGUCAGGUGUAUCCUUGUUUUAUCUCUUUCACUCGGUGUUUUACGUUUCUCACGUCUCAUUUAAAACUCACACGGUCUUUGACUCCCAGAGACACCUGCCGGGUUCAGUUUACCUCAUGACCAGAUACAUGUAUGAAUCUCUCCGCAAAAAACGAGGAACAAUUAGGAAAAACACAGACACGAAUGACGAGCUUGCGUUCACUUUGAUCAACUGCAGGUAUGAUGUCGUAUCUUUGAGGAGGUUCUGCAGCGUUUCAGGUUAUGAUUGGGACUAUCCUGACAGUGUCUUCAGAGACGUUCCCUUGUGCUACCCUGAGUUUCUCUUCAGCAGACUUCUCUCUAUGAUUGUGUGCUCCGAGAGAUUCAGACUAAGCCCUUUGGGUCUGUUAAGUGUCCGUGAGAGUUUGAGUUUGAUGGAUGCCGUGGAUGAGCUGAAGAGAGGAAAGUUCUCCCUGCAGAUCAGAGUGCUGGAGUACAGGACUGUUAGUGCCGGAGUGGAGGUGGAUCUCACUUUAACUGUAUCCAGAGAUCAGCAGACCGUUUGGAGCAGCACACUGACCCUACUCUCUCCCAACAAUACAUACAGACCUGAUUCUCAGCCUGACUUGGAGAUCACCCAUGAUCCGGUCUCGGAGAGAUGCAUCAGCCUGACUGUUCCUUGGUCCACAGCUGUGAGGAGCACCUCGGUGUUUGGUGACCUUUGCCCUCUGCCUGUGUUCGUUUGGCUGGGAUUUACCCAUCCCACCAUGCACCCGCUGUGGAUGUUCUCCAGAUGCAUGGCAGAAAUGGAGAAACACAAAGGAGUAGAAGCGGUGAGAGCUCCUCUGACUGUGUCAGUCUGUUACAAACAGCCUGUAUCAUUACCAAGGAAAGUCAACAUCAGAGUCAGUGAAAACACUAGAAAGACCUUUUCGUUGGAGGACCACAGAACCGGGACGCUGUACCUCUCGGGACAGAUAAAACAACAGACAAGCGAGAAAGCAGAAUGAUGCUCAUGUAAUCUUUUCAGAAAGGAUACUAAGCACUCAACGGCGGGGUGUCAGACGGGGUGAUAGCGGAACUGAGUAACUUUCCUGUCUACAUUUCAACGUCUCAUUUAAACAGGGUUAUAUUCUAUAUUUUUGCUUUGCAUUAUGCAUUAUACAAUAAUGAAUUCUUUGUACAUGUGCAGUCAAAUCACUUUUAAUCAAUGUCUGUGUCAGUAGGGGAGGAGCUUGAGUGGAGGGCCGUUUUUCAUGAAUAUUUCAGUCUCUCCCCUCUUUCCUCAGUCGUGCCUUUCUCUGUGCAUGCACACGUGUGUGUAUAAGUGCUCCAUGUGUAUUAUUCAUUAUUAUGUGUUCAGCGUAUGAGGAGGGGUUUCUCACACAAACAACUUAACACGCGUGUGUGUACCAAUAGUAUAUAAAAUAAUAUGACGGUAAUUUGUGAAAUGAUCAUUUGUAUAUUUGUAGGCAUUUAAGAAAAUAAUUGUAAUGAUCAGUUAUCAGUGGUAAUUUGCAUUGUCCCAUAUUAUGGUCUGUGUAAUAUAUUUCAUUUUAGGAUACUUUAUACACGUAUGAAGUGAUUUCCUGACUGUAUAUACAACUAUACAAAUAGCUUGUAGAACUGUUGUGUAGGGUGUGUAGUCUAAUAGACAUCAUUUAUUUAUAAAGGCCUGAAUCUGUCGGGUGUA